AAAAGUCUGUCAGCAGUCUUCUUAUAGGCUCGUUUUGGGUACUGAAAGACUGCAAUAAGGUCUCCCUGGAGCUUUCUCUUCUUGGGGCUGAACUCUUCCAGCCUGAAGUAGCCUUCCAAGUAUGCAGAUUAUUUAGUCAUGAACACCAAAGGGUGGACACUGCAAACACGACGAGCCCAGUAUGAUGUGGAGAUGGAAGUCAGGCAUGGAGAAGUUACUGGAAUCAGGCCCCAGGAACAGGAGCAGGACUCCUCAUGGACGGCAGCUGUCGAGAGAAGAGGGCAGUCCCUGGUGACCUCCCAUUUAUAUAUGGAACAUAAUGUUCAUGUUAUGGAAUACUCCUGUUGACCAGCUUACUUCGGUUGUCCAGGAUCUGCUCCUUCCAGCUGCUAUCUUGCACCUGGAGCUGGGCAGUUAGAACAUCCUUCAUCCACUUGGCAACAGUCAUCGUAUCAAUGGGUUUUUACAUUCUUUCAUACCCAAUCCCAAACACUGGAAAACUACUUGAAGAAAAUAUUAACUUUAUCCUAGGGUGCUGUCUUAUUCCAGAACUAAAUCCAAAAAAAAAGCACCGUGCUAGCUACCAAGAAAAUGUAUUAACUGUGGAAAAUUACCUCAAUUCAGCCAAACCAGCACAAAAAUGCAAGUUGCAAAUGUUUGGUUUGGGGGUCUUUUCCCCCCUGAUUCAUAAUGUAGGAGUUUAAUCAAACAGUUCUUCCAGAAAACCGAAAUUUUAGGACUGAAGAUUUAGGCAAUCUAGCCAGGUAAUGUUGCAGUUGUCACUGUUCUGUCACCUCAGCUGUGCUUUUGGGUGCAAGAUAUGUUGACAGUCACUCUAGUAAAGUAACUGUUUGACAUUCCCUAUGCCAAAGUGUGAGACUUGCCUUGAAAGAAGUUUUAGAGUAAAAUCCCAUUGAAACAUUUAGGAUGUUUCUUUAGAAAAGAAACAUCUUUUUCUUUUCUCACAACAAGCACAGGUUCAGUUUUGGUUAGCAUACAUGCCAUUCUCCAGUGAGCAAAAGCAAGAGAAGGCUAUUGUGAAUAUUUUAUUUAGCAAAUUUAAAUCUAAAAAUCUAUUUCUUGUUAAAUUGCGAUGUCAUAAUAGUUGGUAUUUUCAGGAUUUCAAUUUAAAUAUUUGGUUUGGAGGAUAUUUUUCAUUUAAUGUAUCAGACUGACAGUGGACUACAGUCUUGUAUGUAGAGGAAGCAAUAUAAACUUGCCUAUGCCUCAGACUGAAGUUGCAACUCUUAACAGUGAAAGGGAACACAUGCUUUGUACAUUCUUGGCCCUAGACCAGCAAGACCAUUUUGCACUCAUAAUAGACUGACCUAUUUUGACCAUUGUUGCUUGUGCCUUUGCACCCUUCAAAAUCAUCUCUUGUUGACAAGUAUCCUGGAAAUUUGCAUGGCAGAUUUUUUCAGGAACUCUGUGUCCAUGUACUGAAAUACAACAUUGCCUUAAAAAAAUCUGCAGCAAGGCCUCCAAGGUAUACAUAUGUUUCCCCUCCAUAGAUUGGAAUGAGGAAUCAGUCAGCUGAUCGGAGCCAGCCCAGAGAGAGCCAGAGCCGGUGAGGUUCAGCUGACCACAAGGUUCAGCAGAGAUUAGGAAGCUCAGAGGGAAACGUACGGGACUAGUCGCUGCCCACCAGGUGCAGAGAGGAGCUUGUGUAGCGGGUGAGUCCCACCCACACUGUGCUGCAGCAGCGGGAGUGGCAGCUUGUGCAGCAGGGUGCAGAGAGCACUUGUUGUUUGUCAGUCCCUCUAACUUAUUGCCAGUGUCCCAGACUGCUGAUGACCACGGUCCCCUCGAGAAGGAGAGCUUGUCUCAAAAAGACUGUGGCAACGCAGACUGAGGUUCUGUCCUGAAGGGUGGCUGUUCAGGUCUCUGGCUGCAGGGAGUGCCAGAGCCUGCUGCUGCCGGGGGAGGGAGGCCAGCACUCCACCUGUGUGAGGUGUGAAAAGGUGCAAGACCUUCUCAACAUGGUUGUGAAACUUAAGAAGGAGGUUGAGACGCUGAGGUCCAUCAGGGAGUGUGAAAGGGAGAUUGACUGGUGGAGUAAUACCCUGACGUGCCAGUCGGAAAGGUCCCAGGGAGGUACCUCCCAAAAGGAGGUGGACCUCCUGCCCUCUCGGACAGAGGCGGAAGUCAUGAGACAGCCCCGCCCUUGUCGCUUUCGGGCAGAGGUAGGGAACUUAAAAGACGACGAGGGUUGGAAGCGUAUUCCAGUUCGGCAUCACUGGCAGCCCCCCUCCCUGCCUGCUUUGCUUCCCCAGGUGCCCCUCCGUAAUAGGUUUGAGGCCCUGGAUCUUGAAGAGGAGGUAGGUGAGGAGGUGGUGCCAAGCCUACCUACAAGAUCACAUAGGAAGAGGCAGUUGACUUCACAACUUAAGACUGUCUCUGAUAAGAAAGAAAGAAGGGUGAUUGUAAUAGGAAAUUCCCUUCUGAAAGGAACAGAGGGCCCAAUAUGCAGAGUUGACCCUCAUCUUAGGGAAGUUUGCAGUCUACCUGGAGCCCGAAUCAAGGAUAUUGCUAGAGAGCUCCCCAAACUGGUGCACCCAACAGACUACUACCUGCUGCUGGUCUUCCAGACAGAUGGGGGGAAAGCUGCUUCCCAUAGUCUGAGGGAAAUGAAGAACGGUUUCAAGGUCUAUGGAAGGAUGGUGAAAGACUCAGGGGCUCAAGUGAUCUUCUCUUCACUCCUUCCAUCUUCAGGUGACGAUGUGGGAUGGAAUAGGAAAAUUCAGUCUCUAAAUGGUUGGCUCCAAGACUGGUCCUACAGGCAGGGCUUUGGAUUUUUUAAUAAUGGCUGGUUUUAUAAGACUCCAGUCAGGACAAUAUUACACGGGAAAGGUUUAUCUCGCAUGGGCAAAAGGAUGCUGGGACAGGAAUUAGCUGGGCUCAUUUGGAGAGCUUUAAACUAGGCUCGAAGGGGGAUGGGGUUGUAGCUGGGCUUGUCCCAGUUGGGCAGCAUUCUAAAACUGAUGAGGACCGGGUGGCCUCUUAUGCCCCUUGGGAGAAAUCGGUGUGCUCGGCUCACUCUCUGAAAUGUCUGUACACCAAUGCACGCAGCAUGGGGAAUAAGCAGGAGAAGUUAGAAUCCUAUGUUCGGUCGGGAGAUUAUGAUCUGGUGGCAAUUACAGAAACAUGGUGGGGCAGUUCACAUGACUGGAAUGUGGCCAUAGAUGGCUACGCCCUUUUCAGGAAAGACAGGCCAGCCAGGCGUGGUGGUGGAGUUGCUCUCUAUGUGAGAGAGCAGCUACAAUGUACUAAAUUCUGCCCAGGAACGGAUGAGGAGCGAGUUGAGAGUGUAUGGGUCAGAAUUAAGGGGCAGGCUGGCAGGGGUGUUACUGUUGUAGGUGUCUGUUACAGGCCACCAGAUAAGACCAAGGAAGUUGGUGAGGCCUUCUAUGGGCAGCUGAGAGUGGCCUCACAGUGCCCUGGUUGUUAUGGGGGAUUUUAACUUCCCUGCUGUUUGUUGGAAGGACCAUUCAGCCAGCCAGCCACAGUCCAGGAGGUUCCUCCAGUGCAUUGAUGGUAACUUCCCUGAUGCAGAUGGUGGAGGAGCCGACUAGGAGAGGUGCACUGCUGGAUCUCAUCCUCACUAACAAGGGGGGUCUGGUCGAAGCGGUAAAGGUUGAGGGCUGCCUGGGUUGCAGUGACCACGAGAUGGUGGAGUUCAGCAUCUUGUGUGGCAGGAACAGAAUAGCAAGUAGAAUUGCAACCCUGGACUUUAGCAGGGCUAACUUUGGCCUUUUCAAGCAAUUGCUAGGGGAAAUCCCACGGGCAAGACUGCUUGAAGGAAAAGGGGCCCAAGAUAGCUGGGUGGCAUUCAGAGAUUGCUUCUUCCACGCUCAGGAUCAGAGCAUCCCCACAUGCAGGAAGUCAAGGAAGGGAGCCAGGAGGCCUCUGUGGUUAAUUAGGGAUCUGUUGGGUAUGCUCAAGCAGAAAAGGAGAGUUUACAGGUCAUGGAAGCAGGGGCUGGCCACUUGGGAGGAAUAUAAGGCUGCUGUUACACGAUGUAGGAAGGCAGCUAGGAUAGCCAAGGCCUCCUGAGAAUUACAGCUGGCGAGAGGGGUCAAGGACAGCAAAAAGAACUUUUUCAAAUACAUAGCAGAUAAAACUAAAACCAGAGGCAAUGUAGGCCCACUGAUGAAUGGGGUGGGUGCCCUGGUGGCAGAAGAUACAGAGAAGGCAGAAUUACUGAAUGCCUUCUUUGUCUCUGUCUACUCUGCCGGAGGCUGUCCUGGGGAGCCCUGUACCCCUGAGACCCCGGAUGAAGCCAGGUCAAUGGAGGAGUUUGCUUUAGUCGAUGAGGACUGGGUUAGGGAGCAAUUAAAUAGUCUGGACAUCCAUAAAUCCAUGGGUCAAGAUGGGAUGCAUCCGCGGGUGCUGAGGGAGCUGGCUGAAGUCAUUGCUAGACCACUCUCCAUCAUCUUUGUCAAGUCUUGGGAAAUGGGAGAGGUGCCCGAGGAUUGGAGGAAAGCAAAUGUCACUCCAGUCUUCAAAAAGGGCAGGAGGGAGGACCCAGGUAAUUAUAGACCAGUCAGUCUCACCUCUGUCCGUGUGAAAGUAAUGGAACGGCUUAUCCUUGGUGAAAUCUCAAGGCAUAUCAGGGAUAAGAGGGUUAUUAGGGGCGGUUAGCAUAGCUUUACUAAUGGUAAGUCAUGCUUGACCAACUUCAUAGCCUUUUAUGAGAAUGUAACAAGGUGGAUGGAUGAUGGCAGAGCGGUGGAUGUGGUCUACCUUGACUUCAGUAAAGCCUUUGACACAGUCUCCCACAGCAUCCUCACAGCUAAGUUGAGGAGGUGUGGUUUGGACAAUAGAGUAGUGAGGUGGGUUGCAAACUGGCUUAAGGAGAGAAGCCAGAGAGUGGUAGUCAAUGGGGCGGAGUCUAGUUGGAGGCCAGUAUCUAGUGGAGUGCCUCAGGGGUCAGUACUGGGGCCAAUAUUAUUCAAUAUAUUCAUUAACGAUUUGGACGAGGGAAUUGAGUGUACUAUCAGCAACUUUGCUGAUGACACUAAGCUGGGAGGAGUGGCUGAGAUGCCAGAAGGCUGUGCUGCCAUCCAGCGGGACCUGGACAGGCUGGAGAGUUGGGCGGGGAAUAACCUAAUGAAAUUUAACAAGGGAAAGUGUAGAGUCCUGCAUCUGGGCAGGAACAACCCCAGGUUCCAGUAUAGGUUGGGAAAUUACAUAUUAGAGAGCAGUGUAGGGGAAAGGGACCUGGGGAUCCUGGUGGACAGCAGGAUGACGAUGAGCCAGCACGUGCCCUUGGGCCAGGAAGGCCAAUGGCAUCCUCGGGUGUAUUACAAGGGGGGUGGUUAGUAGUUCGAGAGAUGUCCUCCUUCCCCUCUACUCUGCCCUGGUGAGACCCCCAUCUACAAUAUUGUGUCCAGUUCUGGGCCCCUCAGAUCAAGAAGGACAGGUAACUGCUGGAGAGAGUCCAGGGCAGGGCAACAAAGAUGAUGAAGGGAGUGGAGCAUCUCCCUUAUGAGGAAAGGCUGAGGGAGCUGGGUCUCUUUAGCUUGGAGAAGAGGAGACUGAGGGUGACCUUGUUAAUGUUUAUAAAUGUAUAAAGGGUGAGUGCCACGAGGAUGGAUCCAGGCUCUUCUUGGUGGCAAACAAUGAUAGGACAAGGGGUAAUGGGAUCAAGCUGAAACACAUGAGGUUCCACUUAAAUUUGAGAGAAAACUUCUUCUCAGUGAGGGUGACAGAGCACCGAACAGGCUGCCCAGGGAGGUUGUGGAGUCUCCUUUGCUGGAGACAUUUAAAACCCGCCUGGACAUGUUCCUGUGUGACCUCAUCUAGGCGUUCCUGCUGUGGCAGGGGAUUGGACUAGAUGAUCUUCUGAGGUCCCUUCCAAUCCCAAACAUACUGUGAUACUGUAAUCUAGUACCUAAGGUGUUAUUCAAUCUCAGGAGAGGUCAUAGGCAUGAAAUAUGUAUUCUAUAAGAACUGACAUGGCAAAGUCAUAGUUUUAAUUACAAAUACCAGCUUGAAGUUCACAAAAUAAAGUACUCACUGCAAAAAGACUUUCACAAGAGUGUUGGUGGUUGAGAGAAGAUGAGACUUUCUCUUGCCUAAUGAAGAAAGUCCUGAAAUACAGAAGGAAAGUCAAUGUUCAGCCUGUAUGUUCUUAUUGGGAGAAGUGGUAUUCUGUUACCAGCAAUGAUGAAAACAGAAGUGCUCACAAGCUUUUAUUCCAAGGAUACUUUUGGAUAACAUUGCUCAUACAUCUGUCAUAGUUGUGUGGUUGCAGGUAUCCUAUAAACAUUGACAGAGCAUCCAUCCGCUGACGUUACCAGCCAGAGACAGGUACCCACCUUGUUGGGGUUGCUGCCAAAUAGUACUGAAAUGUUCAUUCCAAAAUAAACUCCCUAACACUUGGCUCCUUGCCUGAGCUGGCUGGUAGCCCAAGGCACUUUUUUUAAAAUUUGAAUCCUGUCUAUUGUCAGCCAGUGUGGACUUCAGCAGCAGCUCCCAAACUCAUCUCUAAUCAGGCAGGCUUCCUCUUCCUUAUUAUCCAAGAACUCAAGAUAUAUGUUUGGUUUGGGAUUCUUUGUGGGUUUUUUUUCCAAGUCACUUGGCCAGUAUUACCCAAAAGUGGAUCCCUCCAGUCAAGCCAUGAAACUGCCGUGAAGGACUUGAAGAACAACUUGGUUUUCACAGCAGGCAAGCUCUAUGUGCUGGUCCUCGUAACUGAAGAGGGAAGUACCCUCCACUGGCUGAACAGCUAUCAAUGGAACACUGAUGCAGUACUGCCAACAUAUUUCUUCACCUCUUAUUGCAAAUAUAUGUACACUUUUGGCGCUUGACAAAGCAAUAGAAUAGUUGCACAAUGUAUGGGCUUUCAGUCUUGGAAAGGCCCUAAUUUUUUCUCUGUUACGUGUAGCUGCUUCUUUUUAUGUGACUUGUCCUGCUGUUAGCUUCUCAAGGAAGAGAGGCUGUGUCUAGAUCACUUGGAGGAAUAUGAAGUAGAAUAUAGGGUCCUGCCUUUGGGGAGCCAUGGAAAGAAGGGAAAGGUGAAACUCCUUGCAUACGUAUCAUUCAUAGGUGACAUUGGGACACGCUGGAUAUAUUAAGAAAGUGAUUGCAUUUUGCUGGACUAUGAACAAUUCCAUGUCUUGCCUCCCUCCCUCCUCCUCUGCCUUCCUCUUUCAACAAAUCCACCCUUUUCUGUUGUGUAACAAGUGCUGGCAAGGAGACAUAUAUUCUUCCUAUUAGAUGCACUCCUGAGAAGGAUGACUGUCCAGAAACAGUGUAUGAACCUGCAAGCUACCCGUUGGAUGGAUUUGCCGUUCCUCAUGUGAAUUACAAAGUGUGCAGCAGAUCAUGAUAAUUCUGCCAGUGCAGAGGGAAAAGCUGGUGUGUACAGAGAUGCUUAAGGCCUAGUUCAUGGUCACCUGGCAGAAGUUAAGGACCCACUGUUUCUAAUAGCUUUGAUGAUUGUACAAAACAUCAGGCACAACAGCAACAGAAGUAAGAUAGUGCUGCUGACAAUGCUGUAGUUGUUACCCCAUGUUUGAAACAGGUUAUAGCUUAUCACAAGAGACAGCUACUAGAGUUCUGAUACUGAUACAUAUUAGUGUUGUUUACAGCCAUAGACUUAAUGUAAGUAUACAUUAAAUAAUUCUGCUGAGACUGCUGUCAUUUCUUUAUGUUCUUUUGAUUGUGACAGCAGGCUCCCUGUGUUAGUCACCGGUUUUCUUGUCUGUGGGCUGGUCAUGUGUUGCUGAUGGAGUGUGAGGGAUGCACUUUACUCCUAAGAGAGAAGGAACAACAAACUUUACUGAUACGAAACAGGGAACAAAUCUUGAUGAUAAAUGUGACAGUGGUUUAACAAGAUGUGAUGGCAAGGUACACUUAUUUACUGUACAGAGAACAGGGUCAGACAAAAUUGUCAGAGAGACCCUCACAUUGAGUCAUGAGGUUCAGAAAUGACCUCAUUGCUUUGCAAACUCCUUCUCAGACGGAAGUCUAGGUGCAGCUGGAUCCAGACUUAGCCUCAGACUUGGCCAACUGUUUAUGUCUAAAGGAUUAUAUAUCCACAGUCAAUCCUUUAUAUCACUAAGCUAAGAUUUCGAAGUUUAGCAUGCUAUUAGUCACUUACUGAGGAUCUGUUGCACCAAGGAAUAUUUCAGCCUCAAAAAGUGUCCCUACUCAAGGGGAGAACCUGGCGUGCCACUUGCUGCCAUGCAGGAAAGCUGAAAGGGCUCUGGACUGUCCAUGAUUUAUUUCUUUAUCAUUGAUUCAUAGUCGUAUUUGUAUACUGACUGCAGAUGUUAGUUUAUUCCAAAUUUGUCCUGAGUCAGACAUUGACCAGCACUGUGGUUAGAUGGGCACAUUGCCAUAAAUUCACACUUGGGUAUUGUGUUACCUGUCUCCCCUGAAUCCACUUUGAGCCAGAUGCAUCCAUCAUAACAAGAUGCAUCUGUCAAGUCUGCCACUGGUGGUUAUUACUUGAGCAGGGUUACGGGAAAAGGUCAGGUUGGGGCAGGGGGGUGAGGAGGGGAGAAGAGUACCACACAGUGCUGGAGCUGAUCUAUGUUCUGAAGUCUGUGACCAUUUUACUAAAUAUUUCAGGUAGUACCACAGACCUUGUUUGUCAUAACGUUAACUGUGCCGUACCAAAUUGCUGUACUGUUUGCCCCUUUAAGGUUAGUGUUGCCUGCUUCUUGUUUGCGAUAAAAGCCCAGAAAAUGCAGUUUGCUGAAUUAAACAUAACACCAGGUCCAACAACUGGCUCAGGAAUGUAGCCUUCUGUACCGAGAAAUUUGUGGGUACAGAAGUUGAGGGGAUCAGCCUGUAUAUCUGUAUUUUUUUGUAUUUUAUUGAAAAUUCAACUACAUGCUGUGUUAAACAUUAUUCUUUGUUUUGUAUGAAAGUGUCGAGGGCUAAGACU